UCUCAACUUUCCUUCUACAUCUAAAGCACUGCCGUGUGUAUUCAAGCAAAUAAUUAUCUGUGUUAUAAUAAUAACACCAAUUCCUUUCUUUUUUUUGUGUGUGUUGGUUUUCUUUUCAAUGGCGACUACCAUUACUACUUCAUCUCAUGAAGGUGUUAAAGUAGUGAUAAUCGAUACUCAGUACGUUGAAACCGAUCCCCUCAGUUUCAAAUCUGUAGUUCAAAGGCUUACAGGCAAGGAUAGUUGCGUUUCAUGGAUAGAGGAGAGUUCGUUUCCCUGCAGUAAAACCCAAACAAAUUAUAAUGUUGCUGCCGGAAAGGUUUCAGCUGAAGGGUCAUAUGGCACAGCCACCGCAGGAGGCGGCUAUGGUUGUGACGGUGGUGGUGGUUUUCAUGUACCCGUGUUUACUACGCGUUUAAGUUUUAAAGACUUGGAUAGGUUGAUCCUGGAGGCUCCUCCAUUGGACGAGUUGAGCUGGUUGUUGGCUGAGUGCUAGAUACGAUUUGCAAUAUAUACCCACAAUUAAUUUUUGUAAUGACAUUCUCUUUUUGGAAUUUUUUAUAUUGCUGUUGAUGCAGUAUUUUCUCUUCGUUAA